CUCCGUCGCAAGGCGUACGCCGCGUUCGGAGCUACACCGCGGCAAGAUGAAGUAAACCGCCGCUCUGUAAGCUGAUGAGUUCACGCACAACACGAUAGCCGGGAGGGCGAUUAUUCUCCAAGCUGAUGUGACACCAGCAAAGAUCUCGAACCCAGCCUCCCUCAUUUGUCAGCGUGCACGAUGCGUCACUGCUGAAAACCUCAGUUCCACUUCUUCAGAACUGCACUUCCUGUUCCUUCAGAUCAGGUAGCGGCUCGCUGCUCGCCACGCCGUCAGCUGGGCCGCACGUUUCGACGUUGACUUUGCCCCGUAGGAAGCCGAUUCUCCGGGAUCUCCAGCGAAGAAAUCCCCGCUACUCUCGAACCGGAAACUCUUCACCUUUUCCCCGGAUGGCAGAGACUCAGCAUCUCAUGCUUUGGACCGUGGUGCUGUUGAAUGUAGCCCUGGUCAAGAGCAUCCAUCAGGACAAUGAGACUCUAACUACAUCCAGCUCCGGUGAACCUAAUGGAACUCUGGGAAGCUCCAUGUCCAACACAACUGGAAACAGGCCAGAAGCAGUGCCCACAAAAGGGGAGGGCUUGUCCCUGUCAUCUAGAGCAGCUUCUGCAAGGUCUGUGACAACUGGAGACCAACGGCUGACAAGCACCUCUGCUACGGUCCCUGUCGUGGAAACUACCAAUGGCCAGCCUACACCCAGCCCUGAGCAUUCCACCAGGGUUUCACAUGAGCACACCACCAACGUUGUUUCACAUUCAGACACCCCAACUUCUCCAAAGUCUCCAUCGAGCUUUACUGAAAACCAUGAUCAAUAUACCUCGGUGGGAACCACAACUGAUGCUGCAACAUCGUUUCACUCAACACAGCAUAAAGUUUUCUCCAGUGGAUCUUGGGAUUCAGAUCCACAGUCGGCUAGAACCACAUCUAUAUCCCCUGACUCUACUCCACCUGAAACUAACCAUACGGUAUUUUACUCCACCUCAGGAUCAGAUGACUCUAACUCCAGUUCAGCUGUGCCUUACGUCCACCCCGGCUCCGUAAACUCGAAUUCAGCCUCUCCUAGUUUCACAACCUCAUCCACUAAUUCCACCAGCUCCUCCAAGAAUGUUCUCAUCCCCAGGACUAACCCAAAAGAACGGCCAGUGGCUACCACUUCAGUGGACACAAAGCCACCCACUGUGGCCCCUGAAGGAGGUGGUCCAUCAGGGGACAAAGGAGAGAGCUUUUGCUCUACAGCCACAUCACGCAGGGAUGGGCUGGUGUCUCAGUGUCUCAUUGCCAUCGCCUCAUUGGCAGCUGUGGCCACCACCUUCUUAGUCUCCACUAUUGUCCUCUGCACCAAGCUCUCUGCCUACAAACACCGGUUCAAAAUAAUCAAGAACCAGGGCACUGAGAUGGUGUGCAUCUCCAGCCUGCUCCCAGAUGGUGAGGUUUCCCAAGGGAGGCUGCGCAUCCCAAAGAGCAACGGCGCGUUGAUCCCAAGUGGCGAUGACAGCGAGGGGGAUGAUCUCACGCUCCACAGCUUCCUGCCAGAGAACGAUCGCGGCUGAACUCCACCUGGAGGUGGCAUUUCCAUGAAAUCACAGAAAGAAAAAGAGAACUAGAACUUGUGAUGCAUCCAUGAUAGGAAUCAUGAGUUUCUUUCUUAUUGUGAACAUGCAGGUAAAUGACCUUCCGCUUGCAGUAUCUUCAACAGUUAUCCAGUUAUCGCUGGUGCCCAGACUUGACUGGGAUCAAGCUGAUGAUCAGGUCUUCAAUGAAAGGUGUUUCCAGUCAUCAUCUGGCACCAGACUUGUUAAUUUCCUUGAUUCUUUGCAUCUAGAACUUCUGUUCUUCCACCAUCCAGAAGGAAAAAAAAAAAAACGAUAGUAAUGUAUAUGUUGUAUAUCUUUACCAUAACAUCAGUGACUGACUGCUUGUUCGUGCACCAUGUAAUUCCUCUUCCCCCAACACUUUCACAGUCCCGACCUAUGACUUCUUAAUUUUCACAAGCUGAAGGUAUUUUCAAAAAUGUUUUCAUGGUUAUAUAACGUCCACAGGUCUGUGGCUGCUGGUUACUCAGGGAUGAAACGACAGCAAAUUCUGAACCAAACUCCUAUUUAAAGGAAAGACAACAAAGGGACACUUGUCAGAAUCCCCCACUGUGCAGAGUUUGUUAGAGGGAUUAGUGAGUCAGCAAAAAAACUCUUUACUUUCUACUGAAAUGGGAUAUUCCACAGCGCUGGACGUCAGUUUUAAUACCCGAAAAGUGGUGGAAGCUCAGAAACUCGGUCGAUGGACAGAUGGACCUGGUCACUUCAUGGGGUCUCUGGCUGAGUUCAAGCUUCGCGUUCUGUCCUUGUUGCAGUCAUUAUAUGCGAAUAUAUAGUUUUAUAUAUAUGUAUAUGAUAUAUGUAAAUAUUGAAACGUGGUAAAUCCAAAAGUAUCCGCAAUAAUUUGCUUUUGACCAGAGUACUAAAAUUUUUGACUUUCCUUUGUACAUAUUCCCUUCCGCCGUGCCAAAAAAACAUUUUAAACCAAUCUGGCUCAUCGAGGCUGGAAGAUCUGCCGUACCAAGUUUAAAAAUCUCGUAAUUCAGAGCAGCUGUCUUUAUCUAAAAGCUAUUGCUCUUCUGUCCUGACCAACCUUGAGCCUUGUCUGUAUUUGCUUUGGUCUACUGUAUAUACUCUAUAAACAAGAACUUUUUUAAUAUAUACUCGCCAGUUUAUAAAAUACAUAC